AUGAGGGAGCAGGAGGCCCGUGUCGAGGCGGGGCGCCGGGGCGGCGUCAUCAGGUCGCUGCUCGGCGUCGCCAGGCUCGCGGAGGACGGCGGCGCCGGCGCCGACGAGGGCGACUCUAAGAAGGAGGACGGCGUCGGCGCGGAGAGGAAGGCGGUGGUGCGGGUGGUGGCGGCCGACAUGCCGCCCGCGCUGCAGCGGCGCGCGUUCCGCUGCGCCCGCGAGGAGCUCGCCGGGAUGCCGCACUUCCCGCGCCGCCUCGAGCCCAAGCGCCUCGCGCUCGCCCUCAAGAAGGAAUUCGACACCGCUUACGGCGCGGCUUGGCACUGCAUCGUGGGGACGAGCUUCGGUUCAUACGUCACGCACGCCAAUGGCGGAUUCUUGUACUUUUCUGUUGAUAAGGUCUACAUACUGCUCUUCAGGACGGCGGUCGAGCCCCCGCCCCAUUGA